CUAGGAACCUCGCGGUAUCUCUGGUUUAUCCGGCCACCUUGGAAUAACGGGUCAACCCAGGCAAUCGUCCCUCCAAGUUGCUUCUCCAAAAGAUUUCCCACAACCGCCAGACCGGCUGGACCGGCUCCCACAACGACAGCAGCACAUCUCUGGGGUUGAGCCAUCCUCAAAAUGCUCAUAUAGAUGGGGUGGAGAAAAUAAUAGCAGAAAGUCAGGAUAUCACAAAUUCACAGGGCUGAAAAAAGGGUGGUUGUGACAAUCUAAGUGUUGAUCUCAAAAGAGCGGGAGAGGCAUUUAUGGGGAUGGGAGUCAAAACGCCAGGGGAGCUGGGUCGUAUUGCCGGCGUAAUUCUCGGCGAAACAGGCGAACGAGAAUCAAGGCCAUGUUUUGGCGGGAGAGGGGAAGCCACGAACACAACACCAUGAAUGACCGCUGAGAAUGGGAUAGCCGAGUACCCCGAUGGCCUAGAUAGGAUAGGCAGAUGGGAAGAUAGCCGAUCAGCCAGUCAAUCCGCUCCAAAUUCGAGUCACAGCGCAGGAAAACUGCGCAGAAACAGAAGUCUCUCGGGCGAGAUAACGCAUGAUGCCUCCGCCACGGCCGGUCAGGCGGUGAUAACCGCACUGCUCACUGGUCACACUGAGUGUAUCACCGCUUCUCGCACGACUGACCGGUUGUUGCGCAAUCCAAUGUGGCCAGCCCCACCCGGAUUCGCUCCUGGAACAUCCUGGGCCGCUUUCCGUCGGCCGUCACAUUCUGUCGUCUUGGCUGGGAAUGAAGGAGGGCCGCAAGGCGUAGAGGAGUCGGGGGGAAGGUCACCGUCAAGUAGGGAGCAACAUUGAGCUCAUGUCUGGUCAAUUGACGGGACUGUGUCUUCCAGUUUGGUCCAAAGAGGGAAGACAAA